GACAUCAGAGAUGAGCAGGAUAUUGGAGCGGGGUGACUGAGAAGGAAAGGGAAGCACUAGCAGGAUCCAGACUCUCUCUCUCUCUCUCUCUUUCUCUCUAUUUCUGUGUCUGUCUAAGGGGGAAAGCGCUUGAGACAAACAUAAGGAGGAUGCAGAGUGGACAACUGCGGAGUAGUGGCGCCAGCAAUGUCCAAAAAGGCGAGAAGAAAUCUUGCUUUUCCAACAUCAAAAUCUUCCUGAUCUCGGAGUGCGCGCUAAUGCUGGCACAGGGGACAGUCGGGGCUUAUCUGGUGAGCGUGCUGACAACAUUGGAAAGGAGGUUUAACCUGCAGAGUGCCGACGUUGGAGUCAUCGCCAGCAGCUUCGAGAUUGGCAACCUGGCCUUGAUUUUGUUUGUGAGCUACUUUGGGGCAAAAGGGCAUCGGCCACGUCUGAUAGGAUGCGGGGGCAUCGUGAUGGCCCUGGGAGCUUUGCUGUCUGCCCUUCCCGAGUUCCUUACCCACCAGUAUGAGUACGAAUCUGGGGAGAUCCCCUGGGGACUGGAAGGAAAGGACCUGUGUGUUGGGAAUGUAUCAGCCAGCAACCAAGGACCAGAGGCAAAAAUCAUCUGCAGGAACAGGACUUCCACCAACAUGAUGUACCUCCUGCUAAUUGGAGCCCAAGUGUUACUGGGCAUUGGUGCUACUCCUGUCCAACCACUUGGUGUCUCAUACAUUGAUGACCAUGUCCAACGGAAGGACUCCUCCCUGUACAUAGGAAUCCUCUUCACCACCCUGGUCUUCGGUCCUGCCUGUGGCUUCAUCCUGGGAUCACUCUGCACCAAAGUCUACGUGGACGCAGUUUUCAUUGACACCAGUAAACUGGACAUCUCCCCCGAGGACCCUCGCUGGAUCGGGGCCUGGUGGGGGGGCUUCCUGCUCUCCGGAGCUCUCCUCUUCUUCUCCGCCCUCUUCAUGUUCGGCUUCCCGCAGUCGCUGGCCAUCAAGAGCGACCGGAUGCCGGAGAGCGAGAUGGCCACCCUCCCACAGAACAUCCCGCAGCAGUUCGAGAGGCCCAAGCCCGGCAACGGGGUGAUGGAGCUACGGCAACCGGCCCACUCCUUGUCCUGCUUCCAACAGAUGCGAGUGAUCCCGAAGGUGACCAAGCACUUGUUGUCAAACCCCGUGUUUACCUGCAUCGUGCUCGCCGCCUGCAUGGAGAUUGCAGUGGUCGCCGGAUUUGCUGCCUUCCUUGGCAAGUACCUCGAGCAGCAGUUCAACCUCUCGGCUUCCUCCGCCAACCAGCUGCUGGGAAUGACUGCCAUUCCCUGUGCAUGUCUGGGAAUCUUCCUUGGAGGGCUGCUGGUGAAGAAGCUCAGCUUGACAGCCCUUGGUGCUGUCAGGAUGGCCAUGCUAGUCAACCUCAUCUCCACCGGAUGCUAUAUUUCCUUCCUCUUCCUCGGAUGUGAUACUGGGCCCAUAGCAGGAGUCACUGUUCCUUAUGGCAACUCUUCUGUGUCAGAUGCAGAUUUGGACCCUUACGCUCCUUGCAACAGCGACUGCAAUUGCAAGACGACGGCUUACAACCCAGUCUGUGGAUCAGAUGGAGUUACCUACUUGUCCUCCUGCUUCGCGGGCUGCUCCAGUGUGAAUCUCACUUCCUGUGCUUGUCUGAACAUCGGCCCAGUUAAGAAUGCCACUGUAAUCCCCGGCAAGUGCCCGAGCCCCGGCUGUCAAGAGGCGUUCCUGACGUUCAUGUGCGUGAUGUGUGUUUGCAGUCUCAUUGGGGCCAUGGCCCAGACACCAGCCAUCAUAAUACUUAUCAGGGCAGUUAAUCCAGAGCUCAAGUCGUAUGCAUUGGGAGUCCUGUUCUUGCUCUUGCGACUACUCGGUUUCAUUCCUCCUCCUCUCAUCUUUGGCGCCGGGAUUGACUCAACGUGCUUAUUCUGGACCACGAUCUGCGGGGAGCUGGGCGCGUGUAUGCUGUACGAUAACGUGGUUUAUCGCUACCUCUACAUCAGCAUCGCCAUCACCCUGAAGACACUUGCCUUCAUCCUUUACACGACGACCUGGCACUGUUUGAGGAGGAACACCAGCAAGUAUAUCAGAGAUGACGAGGGCAACCUCCAGCCGCUGACGGCCAGUGACCUCUUUGCAUCAACCUUAGCGCUGGACACAGCAAGGAGGGACUCUAGUCACCAGCAAUCACAAAAGACCAAAUUUAUCUACAACCUUGAGGACCACGAGUGGUGCGAAAAUAUGGAGUCUGUCCUAUAAAAGGACAUUUGGUUUUGUACUUUUUUUAGAAUUAAGACGUAAUGGUGCCCAGACUUUAGAACAAAAACAAGAUUUUUCUUCAAAGUUUUUGUUUUGCAAGACAAGUGCAGGGGCUAAACUGGAUUGUGAACUGUUGAAAACAUUGUUAUAUUUGCAAGUAAAGGACUUAAUCACAUUUUGACAAGGGCCAAGAUUACAACCAAUAAUCUGUUGGAAUGUAUUUGCCUGGAAUGAUGGGAUACUCUAUAUCAUAGACUGAUGUGGCUCGGGUCUGGUCCUGGGGCCACACUACACCAAGACCUCACCAUUUCAAUCGUGCUUCUUUUGUCUUUGCCAAGCAGAGUUUCGGCACUUCUGACUGUCUGUAGAGCCAAUGGUUCCAACUUAACGCAGGUCCUCUUAAUUACAGAACGGGACAUUCCAGCCUCCUGCAAGUCUUCCUUCCAGGAGAGGUUUUGGGAAGAACAUUGCCUCCCAUCUGAAUGGCCGGGCUAUGAACCCUUUUGGAGCCAUGAUGAAUAACCAGAUUCACUGCAGUCCCCAGAGCAGGAGAUCCAUAGAUUAUAUGUCAGGUCGAGGCUGAUGUUACAUGCCAGAGAUUGGAAUGGAACAAACUUUGCAGAAUAAAGAUCACAGGGCACCUGAGAUUCUAACAAAGUCUGUGAACUCUCUGUCCUCUUGUAAAUAAAUUUGUGGACCUACCUGCA